AAACACUAUUUCCUGCCCCCCCAAACGGACCCCUAAAAGUCAAGUGUUCUAAAGCGAGCUAAUCCUCUUUAAUCUGCAAAAGACCUCUGUGAUUUCAAAGCAGUCGCCCCUUAACCUCAAGCUCUUCGAUUUCUGGUCAGACUUGACAAGCUGAGCUGAAAUCAAUGGCAGGGUCUGGUAGUUCUAUGUUAUAUUCAUUUGUUCUUUUUGUGACCACCAUCUCACUGCAAGAACUGUUUAGAGCACAGUUAGCCUCUUCUGAGUUGUAUACUAUCCUUGGAGGCCUCACCAGUUCUUUCAUAUUCCUUACUUUGCUAACGGAGGAAUUACAGCAACUUCGUAUGAUGUUACAGUCUCUUAAUAACUCAAAUGGUUCUGGUCAUAGCUCUUUGGCCCUGCAAGGAUUUACACACGGGGAGGACGAUUGGAAUUACUAAACAAAGAGAUGGCCUGUACUACCUUGAUGCAUUGUUUGUCUCAAAACCUCCACAAAAAACUCUUACCACAAUCACAACCAAUACCAACACUAUUUGGCUUCACCACAAGUGCCUUGGUCAUCCCUUUUUUCAUGUCCUAAAAACCAUGCUUCCUAGUCUUUUUAGUAGUAUUGAUGUUUCUACAUUUCAAUGUGAUGUCUGUGAACUUGCUAAACAGUCUCGUGUAUCUUUUUCUAGAAGUAAUACAAUCAGUUGUUCUCAUUUUGAUAUUAUACAUAGUGGUGUUUGGGGCCCUGCGCCAAUUGCUAAUAUAUCUGGUGCCCGGUGGUAUGUUACAUUUAUUGACGAUUGUACACGUUUUAUGUGGGUUUUUCUGCUAAAAAACAAGAGUGAGGUGACUUCCAUCAUUCCUAUCUUUUGCAAUAUGAUUCAUAAUCAGUUCUCCGGUCACAAUAAAACGCUCCCGCACUGAUAAUGCUCUUGAAUACUUCAAUCAAACAGUUUCCUCUUAUUUCCUCUCAAAAGGCAUUGUUCAUGAGUCCUCUUGUCCGUACACACCACAACAGAAUGGCACAGCAGAAAGAAAAAAUCGCCAUCUCCUAGAAGUCAGUCGGGCUUUAUUGUUUCAAUCAAAUAUGCCUAAACACUAUUGGGGGGAAGCCACACUCACCGCAUGUCAUCUCAUCAAUAAAAUUCCCAGUCGGGUACUCCAAAAUAAGUCACCCAUUGAAUCUCUCCGUCACUUCUUUCCUCAAACCAGAAUUUCUUCUGAUCUUGAUCUAAGGGUGUUUGGGUGUACUGCAUUUGUUCAUAUUCCUCCACCUCAUAGGGGAAAAUUGGACCCACGAUCUAUUAAGUGUAUCUUUCUUGGUUAUUCUCCAACUUAGAAAGGAUACAAGUGCUAUAAUCCUACAACCAGAAAGACAUACACCAGUGCAGAUGUAACCUUUCACGAAGACACACCUUUUCACACUCCUACUUCUCUCCCUGUAUCCCAAGAUACUCCACAUCCUUCACCUCUACUCACCUAUACUAUUACAUCUUCUCCACCACAUACAAUCUCCUACCCUCCUAAGCCUUUAUCACCAGACAUCCCAUCACCACCACCACCGCCAUAUGAUCAUCCAUCACCUUCCUUAGAUGUGUCAGCAACCUCACCUACUUCCCAACAGUCUUCAACAUCACCUGAACCUCAAUCAAAUCCACCACCAGACCAUCCCAUUCCUACACCUACUAAAUCCACCACUCAUGACCCAUCUUCUCCUCUACCAGUGUACUCAAGGAAAAACAUGUUCACUCCAUUGUUGACGCAUGACCAAUUGGCUGACCCAGCUAAUGUCUCUUCUUCUCCACCAUCAUCUUCGCCAAUUGCUUUACGCAAGGGUGUACGUCAAUGUACCAAAACACCUCUAUACCCUCUUGCUAAUUUUGUUACCAUUGAUAACUUCUCUCCUUCACAUGCCUUGUUUGUUCAGAGACUUAAUGAAAUUCCCAUACCCAACUCUGUUUCUGAGGCAUUAGGAAAGAAAGAAUGGAGGGAUGCUAUGCAAGAGGAAAUUAGAGCUCUUGAAAAGAACCAUACUUGGGAUAUUGUGACUAAACUUCCUCGGAGGCAUGUUGUUGGUUGCAGGUGGAUCUUUACUGUCAAAUACAUGGCUGAUGGAUCUCUUGAGCGGUACAAAGCUCGUCUUGUGGCUAAAGGAUACACUCAGACGUAUGGGAUUGACUAUCAAGAGACCUUUGCUUCUGUAGCUAAGCUCAAUACUGUCUGUAUCCUACUAUCCUUGGCAUCUCACUUUGAUUGGCAUUUAUUGCAAUUUGAUGUCAAGAAUGCUUUUCUCCACGGUGACUUGCAUGAUGAGAUCUACAUGUACAUUCCCCAGGCUUUAAUAAAACAUCAACAAGUACCUCUACACAUGUAUGCCAUUUAAAAAAGCCCUCUAUGGUCUCAAGCAAUCCCCUCGUGCUUGGUUUGACCGCUUCACACAGGUUGUUCUUGCUGCUGGGUAUAAUCAAAGCCAAGGGGAUCAUACUCUUUUUUACAAACACUCUCGCCCAAAUGGAGUCACUAUUCUUUUAGUAUAUGUGGAUGACAUCAUUGUGAUGGGUAAUGAUCCAGUUGAGAAACAACGUCUUGAGGGGCAGCUGAAAUCCAAAUUCGAGAUGAAGUCUCUUGGCCCUCUAAAAUACUUUCUUGGAAUUGAAGUUGCUCGCUCAUCUGAAGGCAUUUUUAUCAGCCAACAAAAGUACAUUACAGAUUUGUUAAAUGAGACUGGUAAGUGUUCUUGUCGACCGGUUAAUGCACCUAUGGAUCCUAAUCAUAAGCUUGGACUUGCUACUGAUGAACCCAAGGUUGAUUCAUCAAUGUAUCAGCGCUUGUGUGGCAAACUUAUCUCUCUCUCUCAUACUAGACCUGACAUUGCCUAUGCAGUUAGUGUUUUGAGUCAGUUCAUGCAUGAUCCAAGGAAACCACAUCUAGAAGCAGUCUAUAGGGUUCUUCACUACCUAAAAGGAAGUCCAGGGUAAGGGAUAAUAUUCAGGAAGGGUGGGCAAUUAUCAGUCCAAGCCUUCACUAAUGCAGAUUAUGGUGGUUCCCUCGUUGACCGCCGGCCAACUACUGGUCUCUGUGUUUUCCUAGUAGGAAACCUCGUGACAUGGAGAAGCAAAAAACAGAAUGUUGUGGCACGAUCAUCUGCUGAAUCUGAGCUAAGAGCUCUUGUCCAUGGCUUAUGUGAACUUCUAUGGAUCAGAAUUAUUCUCUUAGAUUUACGAAUCAAGCGGAAAGGACCAAUGGAAUUGAGGUGUGAUAACAAAUCAACAAUCAACAUAGCUCAUAAUCCAGUCCAACAUGAUCGGACCAAGCAUAUUGAGAUUGAUAGGCACUUUAUCAAAGAAAAGGUUGAAGGAGGUCUGAUCGAACUAAGCUACACUCCCUCAGAAGAUCAAGUUGCAGAUGUGUUUACCAAACCUCUGCACAGUCCUAGGUUUCAGGGUCUUAUUGUCAAGCUAGGCAUGACGGAUAUCUACAAACCUAGCUUGAGGGGGAGUGUUGAUAAAACGAAGAGACAUCAUUAAUCUAUGAUUUAUUUUCCUUAUUAUUACUGUAAUUAUGUGUCUUUAGUGCUUCAGGUUGUAUUUAAUAGCUGCUGUCUUUUCAGUUCUCAAUCAUUUAUGUUUAGUAUUUAGACAGUCACCUAGGGUACUGAAUAGACUCUCUCAGGAUUCCUAUCUGUAUAAAUAGCUUCUGUACUUCCUGUAAAUGAAUUCAUGGAAAUAAUAUUCAGAAAACUUCACCAUUGAUAGAAUCCGGCACAAAUGAAAGCUAAAUAGUAUACGGAUAUACAAAUCUGAUCAAAAGGAGAUGAUAACAGUGUCUAUUGAUAAUGAAAGGUAAUCCGUAGGCAACAGGCAACCAGUCCGUUCGAGAAGACCACUCUCCAAGGCAACACUCAAUAUCAAAAUAACAGCCUCCUCUAUUAAGAUACCCCCUUUUCUAUUUAUAGUAUUAAGUCCAUGCAGGAACUAAAAUAGAUAAAGUGAUUCUUUAAUUGACCCCAGCCCCUUUAUUUCUCCUUUCAUACCCCUUAUCAAAAUACUGACUAGGUUGAUGCCUAACAUAGUCUGGCUGAAUUUGAUCAUUACACUUUCUAGCUUAGUUAGGCAAAGCUUGCUUAGCUUGAAUUGGUCAUUUUGUUCACAGUUCAUUGGAAAUUAUCAAGAGGCAAAUGGAACCAAGAGUGGAUGGGGCGCAGUUAUACUUGCAGAAGCAGUCGCUUUAGUUGCUGCUAGCACUGUUCAUCGAGUGUGUAUCACAACAUGCCUUUUAUUCUCUGUUGGGCUGCUAUAUGAGAUCAACAGACUCUCUGUGAUGAUGGCUGCCAAAGGUGAAAGUAAAACCAAAAGGUUCUAGUUGGGAAUUACAAACUGAUUGUUUUAGGAGCAGUGAAUGGUCGAGGAUGAGAUUGACACCAUUAUUUUGUAACCACUUGUAGCAUCCAACCUGGUGAUCUAUUUAUGUUACUUUCCAUCCGCUUGCCUGCUAUUAUUAUCAAUACAAAUGAUUUUCUUACAAGACUAGUAUAUUUCUAUUUUAUUGUGAGAUCACGACUAUUAACAAUUUAACAGUAUUAAGAUUUAAGACUGUUAGGUGAAGAUGCGCAAUUUCUAGGGGUACAAAUUCUUUAGAUAGUCUCCAAUAACAGCAGCCUUGGAGAAUCC